UGUGCCGAGGGCGGAGCGGCCGUGCCGUGCCGUGCCGAGCCGUGCCGAGCCGUGCCGGGGCUGCGCUAGGGGCAGCCCGGUGCGGUGCCCGGUGCGGAGGGCAUGCCCCAGGGCCAUGCCGCGCAGGGCCGAGCGGUGCCUGCAGAUCGCCCCGCACUCCCUGGCCAUCGUCCUGGGCGCCGGGGGGCGGCCGGGGGGCGGCGGAGAGGGGUCGGGACCGGCUCCGGGACCGGGACCGGGACCGGCUCCGGGACCGGCUGCGGGGGGAGCAUCGUCGGAGCUGGGUCGCCACCGCAUCGGCUACGAGAUCUUCGCGGACUUCAAGCGGGAGAACAUGCAGCACUUCUGGGACCGGCGGGCCACGGCGGCGGUGGCCGAGACCUUCUUCCUGGGCUGGAUCGACGAGCAGGUGCUGCUGGUGCAGGGCAAGGAGGAGCACCUCGAGGUGCUGCGCCAGGGCUGGGCGCGGCGAUCCCUCAAGCCCCCCAGCGGCUUCCACAUCAAGUGCCUGGGUCCUGAUCUCAGCAAAUGCAUAAAGAGAUUAAAUGCUUCUUCACAGGGGUAGUUAUAAUGACUUCAGUGUGAUUACUCAUGUGAGUAUUUGCCAUAGCGUGACCGUAACGUACAAACAUUUGGGGUAACACGUAAUCUAGGAGGGUGAGGAGAAUUCUUUCUGCCACCUCUUUUGAGUAGCAUGAGCAGAACAGAGAUAAUAUAGGUUGUUAAUUCCUCCAAGAAACAUUUUU